UUACUCUUCAGAAGAGCAAUGCUGGCUGUAAGGAAACAGUAUUUUCAAGGUACUGGACCUAAAAUUUUAUAUCCAUUUAAAUUGUUGUUCAAAUGUGAGGGUUUAAUAAAAAACAUUAAUAUUCAUCACUCACAGAUCCACACUGUAAACAUUUUUGGAGAGAAUACUCAACAAAAAACAAGUGCAGGAAAUAUCUCAAGAACUAGGGGUGAGUGAUCAGAUACCUUGGUAAAGCGUGUACAGGCUGACCUCAGCAAUGCUGCAGAUUCGGUUUCAGACCGCUGCAAUAAGGCAAAUGCUGCAAUAAAGCAAGUCACGAAGUUUUUGGUUUCUGCUUCUGCCCAUAGGAGUUUAUAUCACCAGGUGUGAACAAGGUGGCAUGGUGAAUACGGGCUCCAUUGACUAGCCUAAAGGCAAUGGCUAGUGAAGCUCUCACCCUGUGUGCAUCUUUCUCUAUCCUGAGACAUUUAUUCUCUCUAGGCUUUCUGUGCCCUUCUGUUUCUCUGAGUGUGUUUUGGGCCUCCUAGUGACUCCAUAGAUUCAGCAGAACUUCGGUGAGAGUAAAAGUAGGAACUUAAAAAAAAAAAAAAAACUUGUCUAUGGAAGUGGUUCUCAGCCUUUAGUGCGCUGAUUUUUGCUCAGCCUUCGGGUCGGUUGGGAUGAGGCAGUGGGUGUCUUUCCCACAGCUGUGCAGUGCUAAUAUUACUUACCUCAUCAAUAAUUUCCAGUUAUUACUGUGAGGUUAUGGAGAGUUGCCUACUCUGUGCCUCUGUCUUAAAGAUAUUCACCUACUUGCUAAAAGUCUUCAAGAGUGAAGUGAUAAGAUUGAUUCACCUGCUGAAGACUUUAAAAAAUCAGAUAUAUGGUUCCAUUUAUUGUUUAUUUUCUAGUUUACACAUCUAUUUUCUUGAAUAGGUAAUACAUUCACUGUUCAGUGAACCAUAUAAAAGUAUCCAUCUCACCUCUUCUCCAGUCGCUGGGUUACCUUUCCUUGAGGCAACUAAUAUUAGGAGUUAUUCUACAUACGCUUCUGAGUUGUUCUUUGCAUAAAUGUAUGAUUUUAAUGUUUUGGCUCUGGUAAAAUGCAUUAAAGGUAUUAAUUACUUUACAGCUGACUUUUAGGAUUAAAUGUCAAGGGCUUUCUUGGACAAUGUACCCAGUACUACACAGAUACACAUAUUAAUACAUCGUGUGUUUUCACCUCUAGUUAAUUCUGACAGUCAGUUUGUAUUUGAGGCUAGCGUGCUGGGGUAGUGGAAAUUUAACCUCUUUACCUGUCUACCUUUCAUUAUCAUCCAUUUUAAAAAAUUAAAUAUAUGAAAAUAGAAUAGGCAGAUGAUACUUAUGAAGUGUCAGUAACUUUAUGUACUUUCUAUAUUUUAUAAGGAAAAGAGCAGGUUUAGAAAUGUGCCUCGGAGCUGUGUUCUAGGGACACCCUUGCUGUCAACUCCUCUAAGGUGGCAGUUAGACUGUGUACUUGAGAGGUGACUAAUGUCAGAUGCUACAAGGCUGGGAGUUAGGAGAUCUGGUCUCUGUCUGCAUUGGGCAAAUCAUUUGACCUCUCUGAAUUAAAACACGUUACAAAAAUUUGAUAUAGGUUUCUAAGGUUCUCACAUUCUCUACUGGAAAAGAAAAUUUUCCUGAGCUGCCUGUUUUAGCCUAAUAGAAUAUUGCUAGAACACAUAACCUACAGACAGGCACACCCCCCUCUUGGUGGUCUAAAAAUGGUUAAUUUCUUUUUGAGCCAUUUCUCCUUUCGGCCUGGCAUGAUUUGCAAGAGCACUUUGGGUUUGACUGUCACUCUGUUAUUUGUUCCCAUUUGGUGAGGCCAGACUCAACCCAGGCAGCUGUUGAUGAAAUUGGACAUGACCCAUUGAUCUGCGACGUCAAUUCCCAGAGCAAUCAAUUGACUGAAAGAAUUGCACCCAAACUCAAAUCACCAUUAUCAUCCACAAACGAAAAAGGAAAAUUCUCAUUUGUUUCACCUUUCAUUUCCAAAUAUGAUAUACUAGGAGGGGCUCCAGCUUUGUGCCAAUUCGAAAGAAAUAUGACAAGAGAAUUAAAAAGCACCAAAGGACAUCUUGACCUCAGGGGAGGACUAGGUUGGACUCCAUUGAUCAAAAUUACUGAGCUUAUUCUGCAUUGGUCCCCACAGCCAGUGGGUCAGAGCCUUUACAUCUGCAACCGGCAGUAUUUCCACUAAUUAGCCACAUAUGGUCCAACUUGAAGGUUCUUUGAACCCAGUCAUUAAUUUUUUAUCCACUCCUAAGAGAUUAGUCCCUUACCAUGGGGGAUUGGAAUUUAUUGGGUGGCAUCCUAGAGGAAGUUCACGCCCACUCAACCACGGUGGGGAAAAUCUGGCUGACCAUCCUCUUCAUUUUCCGGAUGCUGAUACUUGGUGUAGCUGCUGAAGAUGUCUGGGAUGAUGAACAGUCAGCAUUUGCCUGCAACACCCAGCAGCCAGGUUGCAACACUGUCUGUUACGAUGAUGCUUUCCCUAUCUCUUUGAUCAGGUUCUGGGUUUUACAGAUCAUCUUUGUGUCUUCUCCCUCUCUGGUAUAUAUGGGCCAUGCACUUUAUAGCCUCAGGGCCUUUGAAAAGGAGAGGCAGAGGAAAAAGUCACAGCUGAGAGCCCAGAUGGAGACUCCAGAGCUUGAAUUGGAAGAGCAGCAAAAGAUAGAUAGAGAACUGAGGAAGUUGGAGGAGCUGAAGAAGAUCCAAAGAGUCCCUCUGAAAGGAUGUCUUCUGCGUACGUACGUCUUACACAUCUUGACCAGAUCUGUGCUGGAAGUAGCGUUCAUGAUAGGCCAAUAUAUUCUCUAUGGGUUUCAAAUGCACCCCCUUUACAAAUGUACUCAACCUCCUUGCCCCAAUGCAGUGGAUUGCUUUGUGUCCAGGCCCACAGAGAAGACCAUUUUCAUGCUCUUUAUGCACAGCAUUGCAGCCAUCUCUUUGUUCCUCAACGCACUGGAAAUAUUUCAUCUGGGGAUCAGGAAAAUCAUGAGGGCACUUUACGACAAAUCCAGCAGUGAGGGCAUUGAGUACGAAAGGGGACCUCCAUUUCAUUUGAAAAAAUACUCAGCGGCCCAGCAGUGUAUGAAUUGCUCUCCCUUCCCUGAAGGAGUCUCUCUGCUUCAAGCCAGCAAUCAACAGCAAGACUUCCGAGUCAAUGUGCCGAAUUCUAAAACCAUGUGGCAAAUCCCACAGCCCGGGCAACUUGAGGUAGACCCUUGCUGUGGUAAAAAAGACUGGGCUGAGGAGGAUCAGCACAGAGGACAGCUGCAUGUCCACAGCCUGUGUCCCCGGGAUGAUGGCGCUAGAAUUCAGCACUCGGGACAGCAACCAGACCGGUCUUCCUUUGGCUUGCAGACUACAACGCCCCAGUCCCGGCUAGGUACAACGAUGGCUCCUAGACAUUGUCCGUCACGUACAACAGGACCCUGGGAGCAGUCCCAGGACCUGCAACCCUCAGGAGAGCCUCUCACAGAUUUACACAGCCACUGCAGACACAGCGAUGGCAGCAUGAGAGAGAGCAGAGUCCAGACAGACAGAUCUUGUAUGGGCAGUCGCAAGGCCACCUUUCUGUCCAGAUUGCUGUCUGAAAAGGGACAGCUGUACAGUGACUCAGUAAGCUCCAGUUCUCAAAACAGCUCUUGCCUGGGCUUUCCGCACCAGGAAAACAGCCCCUCACUUCUGCCUUCACCCAUUGGGCACAGAACAUCAAUGAACAUGCUUCUAGAACUUUCAUCCAUUAUGAAAAAAUAAUGCAUCCUGGGACCAGAAAAAACAGCCUCAGGAGCAGCUGGCAUCUGCGAGAUAAAAGGUGUAUGUUUGUCACCUCACACUGCAGGAGGAACUCUGAGAACCAUCCCCUCCAGAA